ACAUGCAUAAAAAAUAUUAUAAACUUCUUUUCUAGUAGUAUUGGCCAAAUGUAAACUAAGGCCAUACUUUGGCUAGUUUGGACACUAGACUUGGGCAUAGAGAAACUUAAAAGUUGGUAAAAAAAUUCAAUUUUUCUUGUAAUUAGCUCAAAAUUUUAAUACAGCACAAAAAAUACCCUAAAAUUUUGAGUUAGAUAUAAAAAAAGGAAAGUGCAUGCAUCUAGUGUAGGAAUGUACUUUCAAUUGCUUUAAUUUGUGUAAUAAAAUAAUUAAAUACUCCCACAAAACUCCAUGUAGGUCUAUAAUUUGUGUCAUGUACCUUAUAAUAAUCAAUGUAACCAUUCAUUACAAAUCUACUAUGGUAUGCUCAUGUCUCCACACCAACAUAGUAGCAAGUGAAACCAACCUUUAGGCUUUUAAUAGCAUGAAAAGUAAUAAAGAAAAAUCUGAUUAAUGAUACCAAGAAUUGUCACAUCAAUUCUGUAGUUCCUAAUUGAGAUACAAGCUUUUCUGUCAUUCAAUUCACUUUGUGUGUGUAUGAACAAAAAAAGGAUUAGAUUUACUUUCUCAUCAAAAUUGAUUUUGUGUGGGCUAGUCAUACCAUAGUAGAUGUUCAUUAAGCAUCAUUGCACUUUAGUAGUACAAUUACUGUUUACUCUACGUCCUAAAAUUUAUUUUCAACUGUUUAUUAAUUGUAGUGAAUUUACAAAGGUAGCUCUAGCUAGCACUUGAGUAUUUGCUUGAGCUUGAGUCAAUUUAGAGAUGUCAGAAUAUCCACCACAGCAACAGGAAAACCCACCAGCUGACUAUCCUCCUCCACAGGCACCAGGUUAUCCUCCACAAGCACAAGGUUAUCCUCCUCAGCCAGGCUAUCCUCCACAACAAGGCUAUCCUCCACAGCAGCAAGGAUACCCACCAGCUGACUGCCCCCCUCAGCAAGGCUAUCCCCCACCAGCAGGCUAUGUUCCACCACAGCAGGGUUACCAACCUCCUCCUCCUGGCUAUGGGUACUAUCCACCUCAAGGCCCUCCUCCUGCACAGCAGCAGCAGUCAACUAAUGUUAAUGUAACAGUUCAACAGCAGCCAGCUGCACAGAAAACUGUAGUGGUUAAAAAGAACCGUCCCAAUCACAUCCUACACUGCAUCAUUACUUUCUUAUGUCCAAUUUGGAUAUUUGUUUGGGUAAUUCUUUGCUGCAUAUAUGAAUGUUGAAAAGAAUAAAUUCAACAGUGAAUGGUUUGAUUUGAACUGUGCACCUUGCUGCACUAAAUUUGCUAUUUUAAUAUUGUAGUUAUCAUUGUUAUUGUUAGAUCUAGAUCUGUUAUUUAGAAUUUUACAACGAAGUAUACCAAAUUUU